GGUCCACCUCGGUCUUGCAUGUUUUAACUGUCGCUUAGCGGAUUUAGAAAAAAAAAAAAAAAAACCACCCCGCGUAUAUUUCAGACCCCCUGCGAGCCCGCUCGGCGGGGUCAAGUUGGGACUGGUGAGCGAUCCCUCCUCAGUUGUAUGGGACACGGCGCCGGCUGUGGCAGGACUGUUGUAGGUCAACGAUGGGCGGUUCGGUGUCCUGCUGCAUCUCCCCCGGAGAGAGUCCCAAGACCCACAGGAGGGAGGUGGAGCUGGAGGAGUGUCCCAUCACCACCGCCGAGGAUGUGAGUGAAGACACCGGGACCUACCUGCAGCACAUCAGCGACAGGGAGCUCCCGGACGAACUGGCCCAAGAGGCCAACCCAUCAGACCACCCCAGGGCCAGCACGCUCUUCCUCAACAAAUCGCAGACAGACGUGCGUGAGAAAAGGAAAAGCAACUACAUGAACCAUACGUCCCCAGGACUCCUGACCAAAAAGUACAGUUCCUGCUCAACAAUAUUCAUCGACGACAGCACGGUCAGCCAGCCCAACCUCAAGAGCACGAUCAAAUGCGUGGCAUUGGCCAUAUACUAUCAUAUAAAAAACAGAGAUUCAAACCGCUCGCUGGAUAUAUUCGACGAGAAGAAGCACCCGCUAACGCGGGAAAAGGUUCCAGAUGACUACUCUGUGGUCGACCCAGAACACAAACUCAUCUACCGCUUCAUACGAACACUCUUCAGCUCCGCGCAGCUCACUGCUGAGUGCGCCAUCGUCACUCUGGUGUACCUGGAGAGGCUGCUGACUUAUGCGGAGAUGGACAUCUGUCCUUGUAACUGGAAGCGCAUCGUUCUCGGCGCCAUCCUGCUGGCUUCCAAGGUCUGGGACGACCAGGCUGUGUGGAACGUCGACUACUGCCAGAUCCUCAAAGAUAUCACCGUGGAGGACAUGAAUGAGAUGGAGCGUCACUUCCUGGAACUGCUCCAGUUCAACAUCAAUGUCCCAGCCAGCGUCUACGCCAAGUAUUACUUUGACCUGCGCUCACUGGCCGACGACAACAACCUCAGUUUCCCACUGGAGCCGCUCAGCAACAAGCGUGCCCAAAAACUGGAGGCUAUCUCCAGGCUGUGUGAGGACAAGUACAAGGACCUGAGCAAAUCUGCUAUGAGGAGGUCUGUCAGUGCAGACAACCUGGUUGGCGUCAAGAACUCCCAGGCUGUGCUGUCCUAAAUCUGGUGAGGAGGUGGAACGGCGGGUUUAGAGCGGCGCUUACGGGAUGUGACGCCACGGUCCAGACGUUCAUCGAGAGACAUUCUUAAAGUAGAUUACGUUAAUAUCAGUAACUGAAAAGUCCCGCCACACAACGUUAAAUGCCGACUUUGGGGAGGAACAAAAAAAACAAAACAAAACAGAACACAGAAGUUUACCGUACAGUAUCUCUAAAAUGUAAAGAAUCCAGUCUCUAUAUGUUCAUUGAGAAGAACUUCAGGUAUCUGCCUUUAAAGCAUGGUAAUUUGUUGAAACAUUUUGCAGACUGUCACAUUUUUGUUUCGAAUUGUGGAUGUCUAACUUCAGAGGGAAUUAGUAUGAAAAUGCCUCCUGAUGCCACACAAACUGAGGACCUCAUCUUCCCUUUUCUUUUUUUUAUUUGUUCAUCCCUCAGUCUUCUGGGGAGCACUUGCUCGGGCCUCGGCCCACUUCUCCUCCACGAGCCGCAUCCCCUCUCCUUUAUUCACAGGGUGACAAACUGUCUCGAACUACCCCGUGGUGUAGUUCUGCACAUGGACAAAGAGUAGACUUUGUUUUGCUUACUAUGUAGGCCCCUAUAGCUGUAAAAUGUACAAGACUUUAUUUAAUUCAAAAAAAAAAUAAAUAAAUAUCAGUCGCUGUUUUAAGUUGAGGCUGCUUAGGUGGGAAAAUAUGUGGUGGUGGUUCUUGUUUGCAGGAGCUGUAAGGUCUUUGUGACAAAUGAAGAUGUUUGGAAAAGGAGUUUUUAAAAAAACCAACCACGAUGGCCAUGACAACUCGUUGUGGCUUUACUAUGGUAUGAGAUUGCAUCUAUGAAGUCUUGUUGUUUUGUCAGAGGAGUCACCUUGUUUGUCUCAAACAAAAACCUCACAUACAGCACAAUAUGAUAAUGAGCUUCUUCCAUAAAAGCGGUCAGACGUCCCACCUUGACACUAUACACUUGAGUUGAAUUUUAAAAGCCAGUGUCACCGUAUAUACCAGUGACUAUUUCUAUUAAAUAUGGUAAAUGGUAAAUUUUUUUUUUUUUUUUAAAGAUCAAUUAAUGACUUGUUGAGUCAGCAGAACAUGCAAUUAUUAGCAGGAGACUGAUUAUUGGCGCAGAUAAACUGUCAGUAGGUGAUUAUUAGUUCAGUUUGUCACUGCAAUUGCUGCAAGUGUGUGUGUGUGUACCUCACUGAGUAGAACUCAUGGGGCUCGUUUGUAUGCAAGGUGUACAUGGAUGCACAAGGGGCCAGAGAUAGUUCAGGGAGCACGCCGUGAAUGAGUGACAGCCGAUAGCGGAAAAUGCCGAAUAUUACAAUGACGCUGAGCGAGAAACCGCAAUGUAGUCCCGGGAACGUAACGACACCUGAUGCGGUGGAACGGGAUGAGUGCACCCCAGUUGAAAACAGUAACUCCAAUUAGACCUGUGCGCGCAUGUAAUCUUUUAUUUUAAUUCCAUUCAAAGGCAUUAUUAAGCUUUGGCAUGCUGCUGCAUCCUGAGCUGUGCAUCCGUUUAUCCUCUCCUCUCUAUCUUAACGACUCAAAAGAAGGCGACUCGGGGGGGUCGGCGACCAAAGAUCUCACCUGCUCAGAAAAGCACGGGUUUUUACCGAGACACAUUCAAGCCAUCAACCUCAUGCGGACGUGUGCCCUCACUGCAGUGCAAAGUCAUAGGAAGAGCGAGUGUUUUAGAACAACUGCCUAGCGCAUCAUAAAUUCAUGAACGCUCAUUGUAAACGUUACAGCUGUUUCGGCGGGAGAGAUCUUUUCCACAUACGAACUCUUCCCAUGAAACUUAGCGUCCAUGUAGAACAGAUAACAAGCUCUUUACUGCUGCAUUAUAAACAGAAUGAAUGCAUAAAUGACAUUAUAUAAGUAAAGUGGGAAGCGGGCAGAUAUUAAAUAUUAAAGAUUUUCCCCUUUGCCUCACUCCUGAGACACAAGCCUGACUGGAAGGAGCUGGUUGCAGUCUGGCUGCCGGCCUCAUGGGGGCACUAGGUGAUUGAUGCUCCGAGCAAGAGGCCCCAUUACUGCAAGAGCCUCCCGCAGGCUCGUCAACUCUGUGACCAUGAAAAAGUGCCCAACCCGGCUCUGGGCCCAGGUUACGUCUAUCGGCCAGGAAGGGGGGGGUCCAAGGCUGGUGCCACUGUCAGGCAGGACCCCUGCAUUGAAGCCGGGACUGAGCACAGUGAACUCACACCGCCGGAUGAGUCAGCCGUGUCAGUCUUGGGUGGGUGAGAUUGCAAUGACAUUUGCCCACCUUGCAGUGAUUUAUCUAAAAAAAGAAAGAAAAAAUAAAUACACGAUCUUUAUCCUUCCUUAUCCUCCUUUACUUUGUGAUCAGUCUAGAUGAACAGCAGCUCAGACCUGGCCACCUGAAAAGGAAUAAAUUGAUGAGACAGAUUCCACAAGUUGCCCCUUUUUUUUUUUUGAAAAAAGGCUCAGUAAUAUCCCACAACAGCUGGACACUGUAGUUUUAAGCACACAUUACUAAAACAACAGUAAAUUGUGCAUUUUCUGUGGAUGUAUUUGAUGUGUAAAUUAGAUCAUUAGGAUGCAUGAGUGGGGCCGUUCUCAGGAUGUCUCCUAGUGUUGCUUAAUUUUGCAUAUUUAUCAUGUGAGAGGGGAGACGAUACAGAUAAUAAAUAACACUAAGAAUAUUUGUCUGUUUACAUAGAAAAAUUUAAAGAAGGCUCACAGCUCAAAAUGCAAAGUGCUACUCUCACGGCCCCGCGCAGUUCUUUACUGUUUUUCAGACCAUUACUUCACUGUGAGUGUGAGAAUGUCAUAUAUUGUGUUACACAUAAUACCUGAAGUCGGUAUUUCUUUAUUCGGAUGCAGUUGCCAGGAAACAGGUGGAUAGUUUGGCUUGACACACAGAUUUAUUUUUUCACGGAUUGCACAUCUUUUCUACUCACUGGAUGAAAUGCCGUGGGUUAUGCAAAAUACAACACACACAACGCGUGAUCUCGGCGGCAUCACGGGUCAGCGACUGCUGAUGAUUCAGCCGUUUGAAAAAUCGGCUUUUGCUGACGAUUGUUGACAAAUGAUCAUGACGUGAUCUCGGGUGUGU